GCACGAAGCGAAGGAAUGGAAGAGGAAGAAGAGGAGGAGGAAGAGUCAAGAAUAUGGGAGGAGGAGGAGGAGGAAGAGGAGGAGGAGAAAGUGAAGAGAGAGGUUGUGUUAGGACCCAGGGGUGCCAACCAAACGCCUCUCACACCUGAGGACCAAAACAACACGGUCAUAGUGGCACAGGUUGGCAGCACUGCGACCAUACAAUGCUACACUCACUACCUGCCAGACGAAAUGGUAACGUGGACGAAGAGAGACCAGGACCAGCUACUGACGGCAGGUAUUCAAGUAUAUUCCUCCGCCACCAGGUACUCCGUCGCCCACGUCAGGCAUCAGAAGCGUGUGUUGCAGCUGUGGGAGUUAUCGAUACGUGACGUGCGGCUGAGUGACGCAGGGCUGUACGAGUGUCAGGUCACGUCACACCCGCCAGCCUCACUCUUCUUCACGCUACGGGUCGUCGAGGCCAAGGCAGUACUGGAGGCCGGCGCAGAGGUCCACGUGCACACCGGGGUCAAAUUCAGACUGCAGUGCACGGUUCAGAACGCCACCAAGCCGCCGGACUACAUCUUCUGGUUCCACAAUGACACAAUGGUGAACUUCGCCAAGCACGGCAGACCCAUCCAGGUAGUGCAGGAGUCCCUCGCCUCAACACUUCUCAUUGCUAACGUGUCCUGGGCCGACGCGGGGCACUACCGAUGUGAGCCCCACCUCGCCCACCCAGCCAACCUCACUCUGCAUGUUGUGGAAGGUGAGAAACACGCGGCCCUGCACAACGGACACAGCGAAGAGAAAGAAGCCUCGCCCGCCACCGCCACAAGCUCCGCCCAACCACGCCCAUUCUGGCUCAUCAUCGGCUGCUUUUGUCUAAUUACCCUGAGAACGAAGCGAAUGGCGGCCGAUGAUUGGUUGUAGUGCUUGUGUGUGAGUGUGAGUGUGUGUGUGCGCGUGUGUGUGUGCGUGUGUGUGCUCUUAAUAUAUUCGUGUAUGUUGUUUGAUGAGAUUAAUGAUGUUAUGAUUAUAUACAGAAGGUUAUAUAUAUAGUAUCUAAGAUUAUUAUUAUUAUUAUUAUUAUUAUUAUUAUUGUUAUUAUUAUUAUUAUUGUAAGGGUGAAUGUCUCUAUUUGUUUGUUUUUCUUGUUUGUUUUGUGUCUUGUUCGUGUUUGGCUGUAAAAAAAUGUCCUAUUAUUGUUAUUAUUAUUACUAUUAUUAUUAUUAUUAUUAUUAUUUUCAAAAUUUGCUGUUAUAAAUUAAAUCCACAAAUUGAUUCUGCCUAUAAUAAUAAAUAAUAAUAAUAAUAAUAAUA